GUGGGGUUUGGAAUUUUUCAACUCCUUAGUCGUGAAACUUUCGUGCUACUCGCAUGUUUUGUGCAAUACGAGCAGAUAUCCCUCUGAGUGCUAGGUUUACUUCUCCAUCAAGACAAAUUUGCAGCAGCCCUUCCCUACAUACGAUACCGGAUUAACUGAAUUAGUUAAAGUGAUUUGUGUUUUACCCAAUAGUUCACCGAUGUUGGGUUAAAAUUGUGAAAUAUACCCCUGAAUUGUUAUCCAAAUUUGGGGCGAGAGUGAGACAGAAGCUGAAAGUAUGGUUUUGAUACUGAAAAUAAUUUUCUAAACUGUGGGGAGCGGCUCAAUAUAUCAACCCUCACAAUUUUGUGAAGUAGUGAUGAUGGUGUUGCCAAACAACACAAUAUAUGAUGUGAUGUGUUAAACCGUAAAGUGAGAAAGUAUAGAAAUCAACUUUCACCUCCCUCAAAGUGGUCCUGCAUAAAUUGAAGAUUCAUCCCCGGUGAUCAAUACGAAACAGUUUUGUGCGAAAUUUAAUGUUCCACUCAAUCCCACGCAUACACUGGUAGUCACCAAGAGAAUUUCUGAGUAAUCGAAAACUCAUGGAAAAGUUCCCGGCAGAACUUUUUAUUGGUGUGCAAUGAUGGUUUCAACAUUGCUGAUGAUAUUCUUAGUGUUUCUUAGUAAAGCCAAAAGUGUCCGGGUGGUGAGAUGGAAAUAAAUCAUAGUAGAAAUGGACCAGAGACAAUCCCAUAAUAAUUCGGUGUGACGUGGAUUCAGCAACAUGAUGCAUUUUGAGUGCUAAUUUAAUUGGAUUUCGAGAUCCUUGUGCUUUCACUGUUGCCACAAUUGAAGUAUUUGUUGCGUUCCCAUUUACACAUAACACACCAGCAGUGUCCAAAGUAUUACUCGGAAAACCCUCUAGAAUAGAGGGGGUAUUUGUGUAUGUGAAAUACGAUGUAAGCUUAAAUAAUGACAGCCAUAAUUCAUAAUUUGAUUAGAACUUUCGCAUAAAGUGUCCAACGUCACCGCAUUGGGUCUCCAAUCUAUGCUGUGAGGGUGGCUGGGCUUUGUGUACAACGAUCGUGGUUCGGGAAACGUAAAUAGUAAUUUUCACUCAACCAAAGCCCCGGUUGCAGCAUUUGGGCAGGGAACUCUCCAAUAUAUGCAGCAAUGGUGUAACUCCCGCCCCCCUCAUUCACCCACUCUCCGUGUAUAGAGGUGCUUAAAAUGUAAAUUCAAACUCGAGUUUAUACUCGCGAUUCACGUGAUUUUGUAUAUGUGCUAUGCCAAACAAUUUACGUAUUAUAGUGUCCAGAAAAUGACUCGAAAUAGUAACAGGAGCACCGUAAAUCCUAUUAUCCUGAUUAGGGGGAAACAUUCAUUUACAUUAAAAUGACUUGAAUUAGUUUGUGCAGACUAAUUAGUGUGCAAUAGAAUAAAAUACGUGAAAUCGAAUUUGAGAGCUGGUUAUUUCACAUAAUAUAGAAUUACCGGGGAGUUACCAAACAAAAAAAACCUCCGAAGAAAGUACUAUACACCAUAAAAACACAUCAUCACGGGGAAAGUGUGCAAAAGCUACUUAGAAAAUGAAAAUAAAGCACUCAAUUGGCUCCAUUCUGUUGUACAUCGUCACGUUAGCGCAAUGUUCUUCGAUGGAUAUUUACAAAAACACCCAUCUCAAUUCGAGAAUUGUGCAAACACGCUACGGAAGACUACAAGGAAUCAUUUUGCCCUUGGACAACUACAAAUUCCUCAAGCCCAUCGAAGCAUUUCUUGGAGUUCCAUAUGCUACACCACCAAUUAAAUCAAAUAGAUUCAGCCCCACACGUACUCCAUCGCCGUGGGAUGGUGUACGGCUCUCAGAUAAAUACAGUGCAGUUUGCCCGCAGCGCUUACCAAACAUUCAGAAUGAGACUGCUGCAUUGGAGAAGAUGCCCAAAGGUAGACUAGAGUAUCUCAAGCGUCUCUUGCCUUUUCUGCAGAACCAAUCUGAGGACUGUCUCUACCUUAAUGUUUUCUCACCGGUCUAUGCUGCAACUGCGGAGAAAAAGCUCCCUGUUAUUAUGUUCAUACACGGAGAGUCUUUCGAAUGGAAUAGUGGGAAUCCAUAUGAUGGAUCGGUGCUGGCCAGCUACGGAGAGUUAGUAGUUGUCACACUAAAUUAUCGAUUAGGUGUUUUAGGUUUUCUCAAUGCAAAUCCGAGUCCUCAGAUCCGAGCUCGGGUGGCAAACUAUGGCCUUAUGGAUCAGAUGGCGGCCCUACAUUGGGUACAGCAGAAUAUUGCCAAAUUCGGGGGUGAUCCUGGUGCGGUUACACUCGCGGGGCAUGGAAGUGGGGCUGCGUGCAUUAAUUUUCUCAUGACCUCACCCACAAUGGUGCCGGGUCUCUUUCAUCGUGCCAUCCUCCUCUCGGGCUCAGCAUAUGCAUCGUGGGCCGUCGUCGAGGAUCCCGUGGUGUAUGCACUAAAGCUAGCAAAGGAGCUCAAUUGCACCGUACCCAGUGAUCUCAUAAAGAAUCACGAACAAAUUGUCGACUGCCUGAGAGAGAUACCUCUUGAAGACUUGCUAAGUGUUAACAUUCAAGCACCCAGCUAUCUGAGUGCUUUCGGUCCAUCAGUGGAUGGGGUAGUUAUUAGAACUGGACUUUCGAACCAAGAUCCAGAUGAAUUGCUCUCCGCGGGCACAUCGAAACGUUCCCAUGAUUCCCACAGGCGGUACGAUCUACUCUUUGGCGUCGUCACAUCUGAAGCUCUGUGGCGAUUUAGUAAUAUUGACAUCCUCAAUGGAUUUGAGGGAGAGCGUCGUGAUCGAAUAAUUAGGACUUAUGUGCGCAAUGCCUACACUUUUCAUCUCAGUGAGAUUUUCUACACGGUGGUUAAUGAGUACACAGACUGGGAGAGGACGUCGCAGCAUCCAAUCAAUACGAGAGAUGCUGCUGUAGCAGCUCUAUCAGACGCGCAAUUUGUAGCGCCUCUCGUUCAUACGGGAGACACUUUGGCACCCACUCCAGCUCUACCUGGUCAGGAGAAAUCCGGCCCCAAUUGCUUCUUUUACGUAUUUGACUACCAAACCAAAGAGGGAGACUACCCACAGCGUAUGGGGACGGUCCAUGGGGAAGAUCUACCUUAUGUGUUUGGAGCACCCUUAGUCGAUGGCUUUAGUCAUUUUCCACACAAUUACACGAAAGCAGAAGUGGCCCUUUCCGAAUCCCUCAUCCUGUUCUGGAGCAAUUUUGCUAGAACUGGAAAUCCGAACGAGCACCAACGUCCUGAUUCUGUGUUGGCUGCAACAAAGGAACGCAAUCGAUUCAGGGGCAUUGUGUGGGACGAAUACGAUCCUGUGCACCAGAAGUAUUUGGAAAUUGGAAUGAAACCCCGCAUGAAGAACCAUUUUCGUGCACAUCAACUCUCAAUUUGGCUCCGUCUAAUUCCCGAACUCCAUCGGGCUGGAAUGGAGGAUGUCAUUGGGAGGCAUAAUUUAUUCAAAAACCACGACAACAUGGAUCUCUACGAGGGUGUCGUAAAGCCAGACUCACUGUCACGCUUGUCGCUCUUUGAGGAGUCUUACAAGAGACGCAGUGGAAAUUCAAAUGAUACCCUCACAUUGGGUGGGAUCACAACCAUGGAGCCAUUAUCGUUAACAACAUGUAUGCCAGUGGCAAAUUACAGCGCGCUAAGCCCAACUUCUGCCAUUAAUGCCACUACAGACACCCUCAAUAGCCUCGAAGCAGCUGGAUAUGCCGCCUACUCAACUGCUUUGAGCGUUACAAUCGCCAUUGGGUGCAGUCUUCUCAUCCUGAAUGUCCUCAUCUUUGCGGGUGUGUACUAUCAGCGCGAUAAGACGCGGUUAGAGGUGAAAAGCCUGCAAAAGCAGUACCAACAACGAGGGAUGCCACACCAGCAGCCACCCUUUGAUCCCAUUAAACAUGCCCACUACCAUCUGGGGCACUCACAGCCGUCCAAUGUCAUCGUGGACGUGGAGAACCACGACUCCGGCACAAUUCUACUCUCGAAUGACAUAAAAUCGCCCCACAUAUGCUCAAAUAGUAUGCAAAUCAACACAACAGGUGGCUGUCUGCAGACCAAGAUACCCCUAAGUGACUCUGCACCCUUCAAGAACACCCGCAAUGAGCACGUGCCGAUGAAGAACACGCUCAACCGAACAGCCACAAACCCCCCAACGGGUUUCACGGGUUCCGGAAUGAUGACACUACCAAAACCUGGAAGUGGAGGAAUGCAGCAGACUAGCCAAAUGUCUGUCUACCGCGGCGAUGCAUGCCUCACCCUUCCUCGAAAAACCAACACUGCCAGUCUCAGUAUCAGCAAUGCGGGUAACAAUGAGACGCAUUUAAAUAAGAUUCAACCAAACGGAAGUGCCGUACGGGCACCCCGACCACCCAUUAGGAAUGGUAGCAGCGUCAGCAACAGCAGUAGCCCACCAGAAAAUACACCCCUCCUCUCUGGCCUUAAUCACCAGCAUCAACAGUACCACCUGCAGCAACAGCAGAAAGGACCUCCGGGCCAGCAGCAAGUACCACAGGCAGCAAUAAGCGAAAUGCGAGUCUGAUUUAGUGGUGCGGCAAUAAAAGCCAAUCGACUCUAACAUGGAAUAUUGAAUAACGUACAUAUGGGAUAGUUAAAUUUCACACAAUUACCUUUUACAAGUUGAUUAAGUUGUGUUAUAUACAUAUUUCGAAAAUCUCAUUUACAAUUCAAAACUAUAAAAAACUAAAUUUUCAUGCUGUAAAUAUAUAAUUUUAGAACUACAACAAUAUACAUACAUUGAAAAUGAGAACGUGUUUCUAAAAACCAAAAAUAAAUAAAUAAAUUUAAAAAAAAAACUAAAAAA